GAAGGCUUGCCCCUCGUCCCAGGCAGAGAGCAAGCCAGGCCCUUCCCCAGAGCCGGCAGGGCCGCCUCCUCCGGGAGCCUCGCUCACUGCCCUCCCCCGUGAGUAUCACCUUCCUCCUCCUCCCCACCCAGGGGUGCUGGGUCCUCAGUCGUGUGCUGCAACGAUGGCUUCUAAAACACACUCGUUUGCUCAGUGGCCCUGAGCACUUGGCUAGAAGUUGCCAGGGAGGCGGAGGUGAAUCAGAAGCAAGUCUGAACCUGAGCCACCAUGGUCCCCACAGAAGCCACAAGCCUAAUCCCUAACCUGUCAGAUGACUACGCCUACGAUGGCACGCCGCCCAUGGAGUAUGACGGCAACUUCACGGACUACUUCUGUGAGAAAAGCCACGUCAGGCAGUUUGCGGGCCACUUCCUCCCGCCCCUGUACUGGCUCGUGUUCAUCGUGGGGGCCGUGGGCAACAGCCUCGUCAUCCUGGUCUACUGGUACUGCACGAGAGUGAAGACCAUGACCGACAUGUUCCUGCUCAACUUGGCCAUCGCCGACCUUCUCUUUCUCGCCACCCUGCCCUUCUGGGCCAUUGCCGCCGCUGACCAGUGGAAAUUCCAGACCUUCAUGUGCAAGGUGGUCAACAGCAUGUACAAGAUGAACUUCUACAGCUGCGUGCUGCUCAUCAUGUGCAUCAGCGUGGACAGGUACAUCGCCAUCGCGCAGGCCAUGAGAGCGCAGAUGUGGAGGCGGAAAAGGCUCCUCUACAGCAAGAUGGUCUGCUUCACCGUCUGGGUGAUGGCGGCCGCGCUCUGCCUCCCGGAACUCCUGUACAGCCAAGUCAAGGAGGAGCACGGAAUUGCUAUCUGCACCAUGGUCUACUCCAGCGACGAGAGUACCAAACUCAAGUCGGCUGUCUUGACCCUGAAGGUCAUCCUGGGCUUCUUCCUCCCCUUUGUGGUCAUGGCUUGCUGCUACACCAUCAUCAUCCACACCCUGAUCCAGGCCAAGAAGUCUUCCAAGCACAAGGCCCUGAAGGUGACCAUCACUGUGCUCACCGUCUUCGUCCUGUCCCAGUUCCCCCACAACUGUGUUUUGCUGGUGCAGACCAUCGAUGCCUAUGCCAUGUUCAUCUCCAGCUGCGCCCUCUCCAUCAAAAUUGACAUCUGCUUCCAGGUCACUCAGACGGUGGCCUUUUUCCACAGUUGCCUGAACCCUGUUCUCUACGUUUUUGUGGGCGAGAGGUUCCGCCGGGAUCUUGUGAAGACCCUGAAGAACCUGGGCUGCAUCAGCCAGGCUCAGUGGGUUUCAUUCACGAGGAGAGAGGGAAGCCUGAAGCUGUCAUCUAUGCUGCUGGAGACAACCUCGGGGGCUCUCUCCUUCUGAGGCGGCUUCUCUGAGGUGAGCGGUCCUUUUGGAAGUGUCGAGAAAUUCAGACACAGCUUCCCUUACUGAUAGGCCAGAGAGAAAGUGGAGAAGGAGAAGGAAUGAGAAAAGGGAGGAAGAAAACUCAGAAAGGGAUGAAUUUGAAUAGCAUUAUUACUUUUGGUCAGGAUUUGCCAAGUUGGACUCUUUAAAACUGACUGGCCAUCCCAGAAGACUGCUGACUGGCUCCUGGCUGCAAAGCCUGUGGUUUUCAGAGGAGGAUUAAUGAACGACAGACACCACAGGCCCCCAAGGCUUUGCCAUUUGCCUGAGCAUUAAUGCAGCUGUGCCCUGGAGGAGGCGUUUGAUUUCUCGGAGCAACGGGAAUCGCUGUGGCUUCAGUUCUGACGUGAUCUCUUCCAAAAGAAGACACAGAAGCAUCGGCCAUUGCCACAGUCCAUGAAUACACAAGGCUUCAUGAAAGCUUCUGUCUUUGGAGAAUUUCUACUCUGGUUUUGGAGGCUGAUACCCAUGGCAGGUGUUGCUCUAGAAUCCUUCCAAACAAUCUCAGAUCUAAUUCCCUUCUGCUCUCCUUGAUCUAUUCUGGGCCAGUUGGGUCCUUGUUCCUGUUCUGAAACUAUCUGCAGCACUGGUCACUGAGCCUCUGGGCAACUGACCAUACCAGCAUGCCACCUGAAUUCUGCUGGCUUCCAACCCACGUCUUCUGGAGGCUCUGUGAUUCCUCACCUGGCUGCCACGCUGAUCUGGGCAGGAUUCAGCUUGUCCCCUGGUGCCAUGGAAGUGGUCUUCACAACCCGUGCAGGGAGAGUAAGAACCUGGGUUGGUGGGGUCCUGGCUCCAUUAGGGCUCACUCUGUUAAGUGGCUGGUAUGAUGGUCUACUCUACCUGCUCCCUAUACAAGGGACUGGCCCUAUUUGCCCUCUUGUUUCUGAGGCCACUGGAAGGAUAUCUGCCUCCAUGCUUCUCUUUUUCAUAUUGUAUAAUGCUAACAUUUUUUUUUAAAGCUUUCAACAUAGAGAUUAACCUGAAAAAAAAAAUGAUGUAAUUUACCUUUGUGUCUCUUUUUACUAUUUGGCAAAUUUAUCACAUUAAAAAUUUUCAGUCAUUAGAAAA